GGAGUCAGUGGGCGUGUCUGCUGUAAGGCGAAGUAACCGUGCGGACGGCUCACUGCAGAGGGACAGGAAGACACUUAACGCCUCGACUACAUGCACGGUUUUCCUGUGGGCUUAGGUUAGAUAUCCUGGCUCGUUUCGAUCUAAAAUUGCACAAAGUAUAGUUUGCCAAAAUAUGACUACUACCUUGUGUCCACUAAAAACUGCUGAGAUACUACUUUGCUGAAUCGGAGUGUUACAGUUACGGGAUAGACUUGGCUAAAGCAUCAUAUUUGAUCUUUGGCCCCCGAUGCAGACACUGCAUGCGCAGGCAAGUCGCAGACUCAUUUGGCAGUAGUGGUCUCCCAGUGACAAACCAUCAGUCUGUCCCAGGUGCAACAACAAUGCAGCCCUCUACACUUUAGGACAGCCGCAGAAGGAGACAACUCUGCAUAGAGAAGAUACGACUGGCACGUAAACGGACAACCAGAGCUGUGGUCUGAUUGGUAGAGGACAGAGAAGGAUUUUGAAUCAUAUUAACAAGUCCAUCUCACCUCAUGCCACCGUAGGGAAGUGAGCUACUGCAGGACACUACUCCAGGAGCCAAAGGCUAAACGCAAACCAGUGUGAGCUGCAGAGCGAGUGGCAAACUGGACGACGGAACGUGCGACGGAACGUUCGGGGGAACGUCCGAGGGAGCGUUUGACAGAACAUCCUUUGGAGCAGCAUCAGCAUCAACAGCAUCCAUUGGAGCGAGAGACAACUCAUUGCUGAACAUGUCAUACAGCAGCCAGACUCCCCCUGACUCCAACAACAACGGCAGCGGCUCCAGCUCGGCGUCUCAGUAUGCCACGGCAGCGCUGGGCGUGGGGUUGCUCGUGCUGGGCAUCGUGAUGAUCCUGUGGAGCGUGGUGCCUGUUGGCAAUGGCUUAAACAAGCCUCAGAAUGGACCGGGGGAAGUUAGGAACACGUCAUCAGUAGGCUUUGUGCUGCUGGGCACAGGAGUGUCCAUGCUGCUGCUCUCACUUUUCCUGGGCAUACAAAACAAAUACAGAGCAAUGAGACAGCCAAACAGCAGUGCUAACACAGAGCAAGGGCAGCAGGUUGAGAGGCAACCGGACCAAUCCGAGCAGUACACGGUACCCAGUUAUGAGGAAGUGGUCGGAAAUCCUGAGUACCCCAUCAGCCAGUUCUCUCCACGGCAGAACAGCACCACCCAACUCCCAGCCUACGACGAACUGGUGGAGACGACACAGGACGAGGUAGAGGGCCCCCGUCCACCCGCACACAAGAACGGAGCAGACAAUUUGAACUCGUCACACAUGCUCCCUCAUAGGACCGACCGCUCCGGACUUAAACUGCUCCCACUUAAAACCAGGAGGAAGAGCUCGAGCAGCUCGCCACAGGUUACUGUUUGCAGCAUCGAACCCCUCACUCCUCCACCACAGUAUGAAGAAAAUCCCCCGGAACUCCUACCGGCUACUCAGUGACCAUGUCAAUGCUGAUUCUUGUGCCAGGAUGUGUAUGCUGGGGAUUAAUAAUGCGCAAUGAAGAGGGUGACGUGCUUCCUGUUUGUUAGAUCUGAUGAGGGUGUUUCUGACCUGUCUGCAGACUGACAGAUUUGAAAGAGAAACAUGGGAAUAGUUUGGAAGUGUAAUUAACGCACUCAGGUAACAUGGGCCAAUGUGCUCUGCAUUAGUAUUUUUUAAUAAUUUGUGUUAUUUAAAAGGCACUUUUUUUCUAACCAGCUUCUUAGUCUCCGCCUCAAGAAACCAUGUACCAGCACCAGAAUCCAGCUUGAUUUUUUAGUCUUUUAUAUCCGUCUAGAGAAGAUCAUCUGGAAGUGUCAAAUCGAUGAUGAAACAGGGUAUUUCACUUCACAAGUAAUUAAUCAUGUAUCAUGAAUUAUGGGUUUGCUGCUACAGAGCACCAUGAUGUCGAAGGUCAGUACCACACGCAGCUGGAGCAUAACAUCACAGCUGAUGACAUGAAACACUUACAUAGUGAGUUUAGCUAGCGCUUUCCGUGUAAAGGAGUUACACAGUUUGCGUUAGCGGUCGUCUGUGCUCUGUGUUAGUAGCCUUCAUCGAGUGUGAGACUAGCCCUUGUUACCAUAGUGACAAGCAGUGAAGUCAUGAAUGGUUAAGUGUGUUUGUGUGUCUGCUUAGGAGAAGAGACAGGGAAACUCUUUCACCCUGCAGCUGCAUGUUAUAUCACACACUGGUGUUUGGUUUUUGACAGUUACUAGUGUGUAUACACACACACACACACACACACACACACACACGUACGUCUUACAACCUUUGUAUGGACCUUCCACUGACAUAAAUAUCAGUGCAGCUAAUGAAUGAUGUGCAUAAACCUGAACUUAAUCCUAAGCUUAAACAAAAAUGAAAACAUGAUGUCUAUCUUAAUUUAGUUUAUUUCUUAUUUUUUCGAAAGCAGUUUAUUCACGGAGACAAUCCGAAACUCCCCAUAAUAUAAAACAUGUCAGAUAUCCCCAUGGUACCCAACAUGCCCAUACACACAGAGAGAGAGAGAGAGCGAGAGAGAAAAACAUUUUUCUGUUCUUAGUCAUCUUUAUCUUACAUUCUUUUAUUUUGACCCCCCCCCCAACCCCCACCCCGCUUCCCCAACACAUAUACACACACACACACACUGUAAUGGUAAUUAAGGCUUUCUCAAGCCCAUUUGCAGUCUGCAGUAUCAUUACCAUUUCAUAGGAACAGUAGAAAUGUCUAUACACAGAACAUUCCAGCAUCAAAACUAUCCAUUCCCUAAACAUCUCAGCUGAACUGAUAUAUGAUGUAUGAUUUUUACAUGACUUUUAAGACCAUUUCACUGUCUCCUGUAUUUUUUUUAUCGUUUUCAGCAUUUUAUAUGUUUUAUAACACUGUAUUUAAGAGGAGGCUGACUCAUAUUUCUGUAAGCAGUAUUUUGUUCAUCACCACUCCCAUUAUUACAAGUGUAACAGGUUCUUAAACGGUAUAUAGCCAACUUUCUGAGAAGAGUGACCAGCUUUUCCCUUUUCAGAUGUUUACAAUUGAAUCUUUUCAGAAAAAUAAAUGGAGGCUUUUAGACUGAGGGAUCUGUUUAAUGGUGUUGAUAUGCUGUUUUAUCACCUGCAGUUGUGCUUGUUCCAGACAAACGGUCUGCAAACGAAUGUACGCUGGCGUCCUCUAGUGGUCUCAUGGCAACAUGUGUUUCUGAACAACCAGUAAGCCUCAGCUCAGGCACUGCACUUUCUUUCACACACAUGUUGUUACUACAAAGAGAAAAUGUUUAGAGAAAAACACUGUCAUGUUAUUAGAAUUUAUACAUUUUGUAAUUUGGUAUUUAUUGCUUAGGAGUGACUUUAAGUUUCCUUACAGUUUUGCCCUCACACUUUAGUAUGCAAACCUCGGGUGUCGCAUUUUAGCAGCAGACAUUUAUGUUGUUGACGUGGAUAAAGACACAGUCGUUAGGUUGUGAUUUAUUCUUAAUGCUUUUUAUAUGUGGUGAAUAUCUGCACAGAGAAGAAACUCGGGUUUCGUUGGCACCUCGUUCACUGUAAACAAAAUGGAGGGACAAAUCCUACACUUAGCCUUAUAUCAUUUUCUUUAACUACAUCUGACAGCAAAAUAAACCUGCCAUUUUGGAAAUAAAGUACUUUUUAAUU